CUUACUGUAUAAUAAUCUAAUCAAAUAGCUAUCAUAAUGUCUACUUUCAACGUCUUGAGAUACUCUGCAUUGGGUGCCGGUCUUGUUUACGGAGCUGUCCACAGAUACAACUUGUUUGCCAACGCUGAACAAGCUGCUGCUACUGCUCAAUUCCAAAAGGAAGAAAAGUUGAUUAGACAAGCCAAGGCUGAAUAUGCCCGUUUGAAUGCCCCAAAGAAGACUGUUUCCGCUGCUGGUACCAUCAACUGGGAAGACCCUAACUUGGACAUUGGCCAAGCUUUGGAAGGGUUGAUCCUGAAGUUGGAAUAAGCGAGUUGUAAGUUGCGAGUCUGGGAGUUAAAAUAAAAUACGAAAAAACAUAUAUAUUCAUGCUAUGCUAGACGAGCACUUGCUACUACUGGUUCUGAAUUACUGGCGGCUGCUAGCCGUGGGAAACCAUGAUGUAAUAUAGAAGUUUUUAGAACUCAAUGUAUGCAAAGAAGUUAGAGAAA